UCUGCCAUCUCUGAACAGCUGAUUGAUUGUUUCCACAGAUCCGCCGCAGAACAGAAAAAUGGAUGACGUCGAACGAAUUCAGAGCGAGAAUGAUAAUCUGCGCAAGAUUCGCAACCGCCUGAUGCAGUGGGAGUCCAAGACGGACCCGCUGGCGGCGCUGAGUGUCCAGCAGGAGGAGCACCUGGACGUGCUCACGAAUCUGUGGCGGGAUAGUGGAUCCACAACGGCACCGGCUCCUUCGUCGCCAACAAAGCCUGGUCCAGCCGACCACCUGGCAGCAACUCCUCCGCCGAGCGGCGAUGACGUGGAACUCCCCAUCGAUGGUCUGCAGAACACCAAUGAUUUCCUGCUCUGGUUCGCGGACGUCAGCGCGGAGAUCGAGCAACGUGGCGACGCCGACUACCACAAAUACCUGCAGCAGCUGGAGCAGCGCAAGGCGGAGUGCUCCCACAUGCUGGGCCAGAUUGCCGGGGCCAUGGAGCGAUUGGGAGCCCUCUGCGAUGAGUACGACUUUGUGUCGCAGAAGACGAGCGCCUUGAACACGGCCAGCGAGCAGUUGAUCGAAGAGCAGGAGAAGCUGCAGGAGCUGAGCCACGAGAUUCAGCGACGACUGCACUACUUCAGCCAGGUGGAGCUGCUCAACCAGCGGCUGCAGAGUCCCACGCUUUCGGUGGCCAGCGAGGCGUUUAGGGAGUGUCUCAACAAGAUUGACGAGUGUCUCAACUAUAUAGAGGAGAAUCCCAAAUUCAAGGAUGCUGCUACUUACAAUGUGAAAUACAGGCAGUGCCUGGCCAAAGCCUCUGGUUUGGUGAGGAACUAUGUGACUGGGGUGAUCAACCAGGCCACCGAGGCCACGCUGCAUCCGAAGAACAACGUGCCCGAUGCCUCCACUGCCCUCAAAGCGCCCGAUGCCGCCUUUGCUUUGUACUACGGCAAAUACCAGACGGCCGCGGCGAAGGUGAAGCGAGUGGCCCAGUUGAUUGAGGGACGCUCGGAGCACAGUCAGGACUACGCCCAGUUGAUGGCCGACCUGCAGCAGCACUAUUUGGCUCAGAGGGCGAGUGUGAUGUCCCCAGCGGUGAAUGCUUCGAUACAGAACGUUAAGAUUGCCCACAAGGGGGAUCACUGUUCGCUGACGCGCAGUGCCUGUGCCUUCCUGGUGCACGUCUGCCAGGAUGAACAGCGGCUGUUCUACCAGUUCUUCAGCACGGGAGCUCAGCACUUGACGGUUUACCUAGAGGGUUUGUGCACUAUACUCUACGACACCAUGCGGCCCUUUAUAAUACACAUUAAUCACCUGGAAACGCUGGCCGAGAUCUGCUCAAUCUUACGCAUUGAAAUGCUGGAAGAGCAUGUCCAGCAAAAUCCUGCCGCCUUGGAGGCCUUUGCCACCAUUGCUCAUCAGCUGCUGCAGGAUGUGCAGGAGCGGUUGGUCUUUCGAGCGCAUCUAUACCUCCAGUCGGAUAUCCAGAACUUUAAUCCCUCGUCGGGGGAUUUGGCCUACCCAGAAAAGCUAGAAAUGAUGGAGAGCAUUGCCCUGUCGCUCCAAGAACCUGCCCCCUUGCGACGAUCGGAUUCUAGAGCCUCCAUGAUAUCCAGUGUCUCGAGUGCCGUGGAAACGGAGAGCGUGGACACCGCUUACAGGGUGAAGCAAAUGAAUUCCCCUGCCGAUCUGCAUGGCAUGUGGUAUCCCACAGUGCGUCGCACACUGGUGUGCCUCUCCAGACUCUAUCGCUGCGUGGAUCGACCCAUUUUCCAGGGUCUCUCCCAGGAGGCUCUAAAGCUCUGCAUCCAGAGUGUCUCGCAUGCGGCUGGCAAGAUUUCCGCCACCAAAACCCCAAUUGAUGGCGAGCUCUUCGAAAUCAAGCAUUUGCUUAUUCUUCGCGAGCAGAUUGCCCCAUUCCGUGUGGAUUUCACUGUUAAAGAAACCUCUCUAGACUUUAGCAAAGUAAAAACGGCUGCCUUUGGUCUGCUGCAGAAGCGCAAGCAGCUCUUUUCGAUGGGCAGCAACAAUGCGCUGCUGGAAUUCCUGCUGGAGGGCACGCCGCAGAUCAAGGAGCAUUUGCUAGACUCGCGCAAGGAGGUGGAUCGUCAGCUGAAGUCGGUGUGCGAGAAGUACAUCAAGGAUGCGGUGCACAUGCUGGUGGGUCCGCUUGUUACAUUCCUCGAAAAGGCGCAGAGUUUGUUAAAUCAAGCUACCCCGGUGACUCCCCAAUCACCGGAAACCGCAAAGGUUAGCUACGUUUUAAGGCAAAGUCCUUGGGCGAGUCCGCAGCAGAUAAGCAGCAUCAUCCAGGAGACGCAGCGCCUGAUCAAAGCCAAGCUGGCGGUUCUACAACGCUCCAUGCAGCUCUAUCUGAGCAAUCGUGAUACGGAAUUCAUUAUCUUUCGGCCAAUAAGGAACAACAUCAUUCAAUCCUUUGUGAAGCUGGAACAACUGCUAACCACCAAUGGCUACUCCACAGAUGAUAUGAUCAUCACGAGUUGUCCGUCGGCCGAGCAGGUGUCCAUACUCCUGUCCAGCGCCAGUAUUUUGGCCGCCGAGGGAGUGGCCAGCUUUGCGGCAGCAGCCCGGAAAAUCAGUACCUCCUCCUCGGUGGAAGGCAGUGUCACUCUCGGCCGAAAGCUAAGCACGCUGUCCAAUAAAUCCGAGCUGCUGGAGGAGCCAAAGGCCGAGGAAGCCGCUGCCCAGAUAGAAGUGGUGCCCGCGGAAGGACCAUCGACGGAAAAGAUCGUGGAAGAGCCACAAUCGCAGGCCAAUUCCGAAUAA